UAGAUGGGGAAUGAACGCAAAAGCCCGUGCAGCUCAAACAUUUUGUGGUAACUUAGCCAGUUAUGUGUGUGAGUAAACGUCGAUUGACAGCGAGAAAAGAAGUACUUAUUUUCGGAUCUACCACCAUCGGUCGCAAAAUAUAAAAAGCAAAAGCGUAGUGGGAAGAUUCGUGGUUCUUUAAUUUCCGUGCUCUUCUUACGGGUGGACAACAAGUCGUUGGGUUCGCGUUUUGUGCCAUAGGCUGGAGUGUUCUGAUACGGAUACAAGAAUAGAAUAAAAAUGGGAAAUGAAACAUCUUUACCAAUGGAGCUAUGCUCAAAUUUCGACGCUGACGAAAUUCGACGUUUGGGCAAGCGGUUCAAGAAACUCGAUUUAGACAACUCCGGUGCACUAAGCAUCGACGAGUUCAUGUCGCUUCCGGAAUUACAACAGAACCCGUUAGUACAGCGUGUCAUAGACAUAUUCGAUGCAGAUGGUAAUGGCGAGGUGGACUUCAAAGAGUUCAUUCAGGGCGUUUCUCAGUUCAGCGUUAAGGGUGAUAAAUUAUCUAAGUUGAAGUUUGCCUUUCGAAUAUAUGAUAUGGACAACGACGGUUUCAUAUCAAACGGAGAGUUGUUCCAGGUGCUGAAAAUGAUGGUUGGUAAUAAUCUGAAGGAUACGCAACUGCAGCAGAUUGUCGAUAAAACAAUUGUGUUCGCCGACAAAGAUGAAGAUGGCAAAAUCUCCUUCGAAGAAUUUUGUUCCGUGGUCGGUAAUACCGACAUUCACAAAAAAAUGGUCGUCGAUGUUUAAAGUACAUAAUAUUAACAUAUUGAUAUAUACAUAAAAACAAAAAAAAACAUUUUUAAUUACUAGCAAAGAAAUUAUCUAAUUUAUUAACUGUAACAAGCAAGAGUGUAUGUGAAUGUUGCAUCUGAUGAAAAAGAAGAAAAACAUAAAUGUUGUAUUUUUAGUUUUUUUCUGUGUUGAUUACUAUCAAUUUUUUCUUCUCAUGUUAUAGUAAUUGUAGUUACAAACUCUAUAUCUAAUAGAUAAGAUCUGUCAACAUUUAGGAAGGAUUUAAAAUAUAAAGUGCAAUGGAAUUAAAAUGAUUGCUUUCGCUUACAAAUAAAUCGAUCUAAUGCCGUGCAUUUGGUUGUUACCUAGCCUUUUUAUCUGUUUGUAUGUUUAGUUCCUUUUUUAUUUUUAGUUAGAAUUACCAUAAAACUUUUCCAAAAAAAUGUUUACUAUUGAAAAGAAGCAACUUUGGAUUGAUUACCCGCACGACAUUCAGCGCAACAGUCGCUCGGUAAGCAGCUAAAAACUCUUCUAUCACAGACCAUUUAGACACUUCGAACGAUAUCAGCUAUUGAGCAUGCUCUUAUAGUACUUAAUCGAAAAACAAUAAGAUAAUGCAAAUCAAAAUCAUCUAUUCAUGCUGACAUCUUCAAGGUUAAACUAUUAAUAACUAUCUAUUAAUUCAGACACACAUUUUUGCAAAGACAGUCGCAGUAAAUCAUAUAGAUAUUGAUUAAAUAAUUACAAGUGCUAGAGACUAAUACAUAAGUCUUAUUGAUUUUUCCCCAAGUUUAAUUGUACGACAUACAGAACAAGAAAAGAGCUAUUGUAGAAGAAUCUUAGGUUAGGAGCCAAUUAUUCUAUAUACUGUUGUUGAGUCGAAAUUGAUGUCAUCAAAUUAAAUUAUACUUGAAAUUACUACCACAAAUAUUACUCCGGAUUGAACCUGCCUGAAAAACCACCGUUAUUAUUGUCUCCGUGUACCAGUGAUAUGUAAAAAUUCUUUCGCGCCAAAAUACCAAAUGUCACCCAAUCCGAUUAGGUUCUUUCUCUUGUUUGUCAGUAAAAUUUUGUCAAGUCCAUAUACACAUAACAGAUUUUUCAUGUACACACCUGCAAAUAAAACAACUGUUCAUCACUAGUUAUAUUAUUAUAGUAUAAAACCCGUUCAAUCGAGUUUCCAACAAUCUGCGUAUUACACCUAUUGGUCUAGAAGAUCAUAAAUCCAGCUCCCAUUCCCAUUAAAUGAAACUAGAAUGCAAUAGAAAAGGUGAAAUCUCACUGAAGUCAGCCUUCUUUGGUCUGGUGGACGAUCGCAAGGACCAAUUCGCGUGAGGUCAACGAAAAAAAAAACUGCUUAGCGGGAAUAAUAUUACUGACAAACACGUAUUUACCGCCUAGCCUGCCGGAGAAAUACAUUGAAGAAAUUAUCUAUUUCUAUGAACUUACGAAGAAAUAAAAUAAAAUCUUUUUCAAAACACUUUAAA